AUGGCCAGCUACCAGAAUAAAGAUCAUUUUGUGGAUAUUGCUAAGCAGAUGGUCAUAGCGGGCCACAACCGGGAUGCCAACCAGUGCCAGAUAAAGUGCAAACAAUGCAGGAGGACUUACAUUCUAACCAGGCAUCCCAGGGAAAAGUGCAGCAAUGGAAACACGAUCUGCCCAGUUUUUGAGGAGCUGGAAAGGAUUCUGUACAAUUACAUUAUGACCCAACUCAGCGUCUAGAAGCAGGGCCUGCAGCAAAGCCAAUCUCCAGGCAACCUAAUGAGUGUAGCUGGCCUGUAUUAGGCUGCCAGAUUGUGUACACUGCUUAACUGGGGGGGAGGGGGGAAAAGGUCAGCAGACCAGCUCUUAAACUCAACAGCAGCAAUUCAGCAGUUACUUAAAAUAUGCACCCACAGCUGUGAUAGGUCCUGCAGCUGCUUGUUCCUGGCCUAGCACAGCCAUGCUCUGCUCUUGCCUUCAUUCACUCCAGCACUGCACCCAGUAUGACGUUUCCCAGCUGAAUGUUAUACAUCAUGGUAUGCUAGGAAACUUGGGUCAAUUAAUCCCUGUCUUGGGCACCCUGGGAUUUGGAGCACAUCAGGAUCAGGGACAACAUAAACAGUGGCAGUUCAAGCUCCCCUCACAUCCUUCCACCUGCUUGCCUCAAAACUGAUCCAAAGGACUACUUCUAGGGUGAACAGGUUUCAUUCCCGUUCACCAAUACUUCAAGGCACAGAGGAGUUGGUACAGGCAUUGCCAUGAAACCUAACUUGAAGCAGUGGAAACAACUAAUGCUGUUUGGGCUAUUUGCAUGGGGUCUCCUUUUCUUGGUGAUCUUCAUCUAUUUUACAGAUAGCAACGCUGCUGAACCAGUUCCAAGUUCCUUCUCUUACAUUGAGACGAAGAGGCUCGUGCCCAUUCAGGGCAAGCAGAGAGUUAUUAUGGGAGCAAUACAUGACCCAUCAUCCUCUGAAAACAUAGAUAGGAACGAGGUGCUUCUUAAUGAAGAUCUCUUAGAUUCAUUUAAAUUGGGGACUGGAAGCAUUAAAAAGUGGAUUGAUCUAGAAGAUGGCUUUGAAAAUGAAGAAGAGUUUUUUCCUUCCCAGAUAGGGAGAAAAUCAAAAAAUGCUUUCCAUCAAGGGGAUGACAACUAUUUAUUUGCUGCUGGCCAGCCUCAGCAACACAGCAACAUUCAAGAGAUAGUGAAAUUCAUCUCUCCCAAUGAAGAUAAUCAGAAGAAAAAUGUUUUACAGGAAAAAAGGAUCCAUGAGAAAAGAACAAAGAAAAGAAACCUGAUACACAGGAGAAGCCAGCUGUUUGAUGAGUCUGAUGAUUGGGAUGGGUUAUAUUCCACAAUGUCAAAAUCCGUCCUUUAUAGGCUUUGGAAAGGGGAUGUCUCCUCCAAGAUGCUGAACCCUCGCCUGCAGAAAGCUAUGAAAGAUUAUCUGAACACCAACAAACAUGGGGUGCGGUUCAAAGGGAAACGAAACUCCAGACUGACAGGAGACCAGCUCAUCUGUGAGCUCAAGGACAGGGUGCAUGUGAAAACAAUAGAUGGCAAGGAGGCCCCCUUUUCAGCUCUUGGAUGGGAAAAGCACGUUCCUCAAAUUCCACUGGGCAAACUGUAUCCACAUGGCUUCAGAAGCUGUGCCGUAGUUAUGUCUGCUGGUGCAAUACUGAACUCUUCUCUAGGGGAUGAAAUAGAUUCUCAUGAUGCAGUUCUGAGAUUUAAUUCUGCUCCUACACGUGGCUAUGAAAAAGAUGUUGGAAAUAAAACGACCAUGCGCAUCAUUAACUCUCAGAUUCUCACCAAUCCAAACCAUCACUUCAUUGACAGCUCAUUAUAUAAAGAUGUUGUUUUAGUGGCCUGGGAUCCUGCUCCUUACUCUGCAAAUCUGAACGUGUGGUUUAAGAAGCCAGACUAUAACCUGUUCACGCCUUAUGUGCAGCAUCGCAGGAAGAAUCCAAACCAGCCGUUUUACAUCCUCCAUCCCAAGUUUACAUGGCAGCUCUGGGACAUCAUUCAGGAGAACACUAAAGAGAAGAUACAGCCCAACCCACCUUCAUCAGGUUUCAUUGGGAUCCUCAUCAUGAUGUCCAUGUGUAACGAAGUGCACGUGUAUGAAUACAUCCCUUCAGUCCGACAAACUGACCUUUGUCACUACCAUGAACUAUACUAUGAUGCAGCUUGUACCUUAGGGGCUUACCAUCCACUGCUGUAUGAGAAAAUGCUGGUACAGAGGAUGAACAAAGGGUUACAGGAUGAUCUGUAUCGGAAGGGGAAAGUAAUCUUGCCAGGGUUCAGGUCUGUAAAGUGCCUGGGACAGAAUCACUUCCCACACUUGUAAAAGUGAAUCAUUCAGAAACAAUGUGCAAUAAGGUACUACUGUCGUACUAUAAACAAGAAAGGAAUACUUGAAAAUGUAUCUUAGACCAACCUAGUCUUGAGUCUAUAAACUGUAAUUAAGUAGCAGGCUUGAGAGUUCCUUCAUUCCUAACCCUGAGUAUGUAUUACUGCUUUGCAAAUAGUUAAAGAAAAAAAGCUUCGCUCAUGAAAGGUGCAAAGGCACAGUUAGGUAGAAAUACAAUGUAUUGUUGUGGGCAUGACCUGUCAGAAAACAUCAGAGGUUUCUUAUGCCACAUGUACUAGAUGCCAAACUUGAAAAAAACAAAACAGUUAAAUCUGACAUUAUGAAGCAGCCUGUAUCAUUCAUGCACAGGGCUGUCUGCUAAGAGAUGGAUGAUUUCUCAUCAUAUCACAGGAUUUUCACAUUUCCCCCCCCCCCCCCGAUAAAAUAAUCAUGGUUUUGAACUGGGCCAUGCUAUGAGUAUAAUGGGCCUGAUUCUCAUUUACACAAAGCUCCCUUUACUCCAUUCUGGCAAGGUAAACGGGCUUUAAAGUGAAUGUAAAUUACCAAUAUAAAGGACCUUCGUAAAUAAGAAUCAGGCCCAAUAACUAGUCAUUGUAUUCAGGUAGUUUCUGCAGCCAGAAAUUAAUAAGUGAUAUUUACUCACUUUUAAAUGGAUAUUACUGUAUACACAGCCAGGUUAUUUAAAUAAAUACAGUACUACUGCACAUAUCUGUCAUGGUCCAUGCAGAUGCUGCAUUCAGGCAAAGGAUGAAGAAAAGAGAAUCUCCUCCUUUCUUCAGAAAGCGCUUAUUCUGCCCUCAUUCAGCUUGUGCAGAAGACCAGCAAGAGGGCAUAAGUGAGACCGAAAUGGUGCAUGGGCUUUCUGCCUGGGGGCAGUUUCCCCCUCUGUGCAUAUAUGUAGAUAAACACUCCAGGGGAAGGGAGACAAAUGUAUACAUUUGAAAGCAAGUUAUAAAAAACAGAUUUCUUACAAACAUGUAGGCCUGCCUUUUCCAAGGAUAUAAUUAUUUUGGAUGGGGAGAUUUCAGAAAUUAGGUGUUUUCCUAUUUUGUUGUAAGCCAAGUUAAAUUCAUUUAUUAUUGCUUUUAAAAAAGCAUGGCAUUUUGUGUUUUGUUUUUGUGAGAAAAGAACAGGCUGUCAGUAUUUUUUUAAAUUCAAAACUAUGAAGUCUAUGUCCUGGAGACCUUAGGCAAUCUUACUAUGGCUUACACCCUGAGACAAUCUCAUAAUUUCAUUGUAAAAACACAGCAUGGGUAUUCUCUAAACUACUUCUAAAAUCCACCUGGAUGUUAAUGCAUUUAAAAUACGUUUUCUCUGAUGAGUUCAAUUUCAGGCUGGAGAUUGGUUAAUGUUCUUGUUUGCUUUUUAAAAUUUGGUUUUCCAGUGAGCAAAAUUCAGUAGGAGUGAUUACGUACAAGAAAUCAUACAUAUGCUAUCCAUAUCCAUACAGCAAAAAGAUGAUUGGCUGGUAGAAACACUGUGUUAUUAACAGCAGUGGAGUGGAAAAGCAUAUUUCACAUAUUUAGCUAUUGGCUACUGAGAGAGAGCUGGCGAUGGAGAAACCCACGUUAAUGUAUUUUCGGUCAUCUUUGUUUAUAAAAAUCAGUGGUUUUCAAUCUUUCUUUCUUUUUAGGAGCCACUAAAAAAUUUCAACUGGAGGUGUGGACCCCUUUGGAAAUCUUAGACAUAAUCUGUGGAUCCCCAGGGGUCUGUCGACCACAGGCUGAAAACCACUGAUAUAAAUAUAAAUCAGAAGAAUUUUGUAAUUCUCCCAUCCAACCUUUCCUGCUGUUUUUCCUCCCUACAAGAGCAGAAUUAGUUUACUGCACUUUAGCCUUCUUUUUUCAAGUUGUCAUUAUCUUGGGCUUUGCCGUCCUUCUAAAAUUCUUCCUAGCUGACAGAAAGUGUGUCCAUGUGUUCCGGAUAUGCCUUGUGUUAAUUGGAUAGGUAUGUUCAUAAAGCAUUUUUUUCAUACUGCCAAAUGGACAGCAUUCAUUAAUUUCAGCCUUUGCAUCUGGAUGCAUUACAUACUGAUUUUGGAAAACACAUUAUAAUAAUAUUUUAUGUCCAUUUUUGUUUUUAACAAUAUCUAGUCUUAGUAGUGCUAUAUAGCCUACAAAGGGAAAAAAAUUUCCCCAUAUAUUUGUUUCACUUAAUUCACCUUCUGUGAAACACGUUAAAUCGGAUUUUUUCCGCACAGGCAGAGUGGCACUUUGUCCUACAGUGAUCUUAGUAUCAGAUCAGGGUUUCCCAUGUGCCAAGUUCAAAUUGGAUUAGUUCCCACACCUUUCAAUAAAUGGAGUUGAUCAUAUUUCUAGUACAAAUGAGUACCGUAAGUCACUGUGCCCUGUGCAGAAGUCUCUAAGACUCCACAAAAUAGCAUGCCAGUUUCCCACUCAUUUGCCCAUGCUAAGCUUAAACUCUUGUCUCCAUCAGGAAUACAAAAAGCUAACCAGCAAUACUCACAAUUGUCUACAACAAUAGGAGUGCGUUGUAUGAUGCGCUAAAUAGUCCGUCAUUACGGCGCAGCUUGUAUGCAGCCCUAGUGGACUCUAAAGAAAAACGAGAGGCUGCAUACUUAGCACUCCUGCUUAAAUGAAGUGCUGCCCUUUAAAAUUCUCACACAACCCUGGGUACGCAUUCAUCCAAUGGAUUUUAUACUUGCAUGGCAUAUCCUUUUUUGUGUGGUAAUAGUGCGCACUUGCGGCACCUGAGCAGAAAAUCUUUCUUGGCCAAGUGCAAAUGCCAGGAAACUGUCACCUUUCCCUCGAUGAUAUAAUUAUUUAAAUUGGUGUGGAUCUUUCAAACACCAUGUCAUCUGUGCUAAUUCUAUCCCUAUGUAUAUUACAGUUCACCAACCAUAUGAAUGUUAUAGCUUCACACUUGAGCUUAGCUUUGCUUUAGAGCUGUGCUAAGUGCACCAGCCUCUUCCCAGAAAGGAGGCCAGCGUCAACUCUUUGAAGCACAGGGUCUCAAUCAUCCCAAGGAGGGAGGGUCUUAAGGUGGCUUCCAAACCCUGGUUUCCCCUGUGAUAUUUCAUUGUUCUACAAACACAGGCAUCUUGACAAUUUAAGAUUUUCUCCUCCCACUCCUGCUGUUUAUCUUAAAAAAAAAAAAAUCAGUACAAGUUCAGCUGAGCCUGAUUUGCUAACUGAGAAUUCAACUGAAAUUUUACUUCUGAACAACAAGAGGCCAGCAGGGGGAAGCAAAGGGCAACAUGAAGAGAACUACAGAACUGCUGCUUUCACCAACCUUCUUUCCCUUCAUGGUGCCUCCCUCCUGAGUUUUGGUAUUCUUUGCUUUUAUGGGAGGCCAUUGAGGGUUUUGUGUGUGUUGGGUUUUUUUAAAAAACUUUGAGAGCAGAAAUCAUUUAUCAAAAAUCCAGACAAAUCAGUUACAUCUAAAAGAGUGAAUGAAUGUGUGUUAGGUGUUCAGUAGACAUCUGGAUAGCUUUUUAAUAAUGGUAACUGGUGACUGAUGUUUUAUAUAUACAUAAGUGACGUAUGAUGCAUUUCCCCAUCCAAAUCAUUCAUCGAUAUUUUAGGGUGUGAUCUUGUCACCCAUGUAUGUAAGUAACUCCCACUUGAAGUGAGUGGGAGAUUUGCCUAGGCAAGGCCUGCACGUUCCUGAAACAUAACACACAUGACACAAAUGCUCAAGUUAGACUCAUCCCCCUUUUAUGCCUCUAUAGUUAUAAAAGCCUAGUUGCUGUGCACUGAUGGUAUAUGAUUAACAGGUGAGACGGUUGCACUUAAAAAAAAAUCACCUACAAAGCUUGGGUAAAUGCGCUGAAUUUGUUAAUUUUUGGUUUGCUGUGUUUUCCACUGUGAAUUAUGCAGCUUUUUCAACAGGUGGUGGCUGUAUUGUUUUAUGCAUGAAGCCUUUAGAUGGUUAAAUCAAGGUAUUCUUCUGUUAAUUCCGGAUAAAUUAUUAAAGUUUUGCCUCAUUUUGAGCCACACGUUUUUAAGGGGGAAAAUAUUUCUGAUAUUCCAUUCCUUCUGUUUUCCCAAGGCUUACCUGGUCCUCAUUCUCUACCCUGUUAGUCAGUGAAGUUACACCAAUGUAACAGAUUUGUAUGUGUUAAAGAGAGAGAGAGAUCAAUGUAUAAUUAUAUUGAUCUACACACACAAGGCUGGUCUACACACUGAGCACAAAUAUUUAGCUAAAUCAAUGUACUGGUGUUGACAUUCUUUUGUUUCAAAUUAAGAAUUCCUUCUUAAUUCUGUUUGCAUCAAUUUCUUGCCAAAUUAAGCAAAAUUGAAAUAGUUCAUUUUUAACUGGAAGUGAGUGCCACAUUAAGAGGUUGCACAGAUUUAACUCAAUCCAUUUAGAAACAGUUUGAGUUAAACGGGUGCUCAAAUUAUGUGUAGAUACGGCCAUACCUGGUUACUUUUGUGUUGGUCUUCCUCUUCAGUAAUGCUCUCAUAAACCGGGAAAUACUAUUCAGACACUGGUACAAACUUAUGAUGAAAGUAAUGUGAAAUACAUUGUCUGUGAAAGUGUCACUUUGAGUUCUUUCCCUUCAUUUACAAUCCAUAGAUAUGUUCGACUGUUUUUUGAAGCACACUGUGAAAUGUCAUUAGAGAACAUAUACAGAUUUCCUGAAUGCUAUCCUCUCCAGUGCAAAGAGGAUACCUGAUUUAACUGUUUGAACUUUUAAAGUAGCCCAUGUCUGGGCAUGCCUCUCACAGGCUUAUUUAAUUAAAUGAAUUUUGACACUCAGAGUUUUGUUCUUUAAAUAUCAGCUAUGUAGAAGUCUUACAUGUAUCCAUAUCAUCUCAUCCUCUGUGAAAUGUAGUCAUUGAACUAUUCAAAUAUGGAAGACUGUGUACUUUUUUAAUAGCUUUGAGAAUUAUUUUGUAUGAUGAUUUUUUAAAUGAAUGUGUACUCUUCAACAAAUUAAAUCUUAAGAUUUUACAGGAGUCACAUUUUUAAACAGUGUUUGUAUACAUUUUAACACUUUUCUAUUUUCUAUUUUGAUUUUGUAUAUUUUUAUUAUGCAGUGUACAGAUUUUUGCUGUAAAUAAAACAUUUGUUUUCAUUUA